GGAAGCGGCCGUCUGCGUCGGCGAGCUGUGGCCUAGUGACAACAAUGUCGAGUACGUAGCUGUGCAAAAGCUCGGCUUUUCGGGAUAAAAGCGUCUCCCACGUGGCCCUCGCUCCGCGCCCGCCGCCGCUCCGCGGCGCCAUGGCGCCGGGCUCCCUGGCGGCCGCCUGCCGCAGCCUGGCCCUGUCCACCUGGCUGCUGUCCUUCUGCUUCGUGCACCUGCUGAGCCUGGACUUCACGGUGGCCGAGCGCGAGGAGUGGUACACGGCCUUCGUCAACAUCACCUACGUGGACCCGGCCACGGCCGAGCUGCGCACGGAGAAGACGGAGUGCGGCCGCUACGGCGAGGACUCGCCCCGGCGGGAGGCGCGGGGGCUGGUGGUGCUGCCGGCGGCCCCGGUGGACCGCCAGGCCUGCGACCCGCACACCCGCUUCCCGGUGCCGCCGCGGGCCCAAACCCAAACCCAGGCCGGGGCCCAGAACUGGGUGGCCCUCAUCGCGCGGGGAAACUGCACCUACCGGGACAAGAUCCGCCACGCCGCGGCGCACAACGCCACGGCCGUGGUCAUCUUCAACGUGGGCUCCGCCAACGCCAACGACACCAUCACCAUGCCGGGCCAAGGCACCGGCGACGUGGUGGCCAUCAUGAUCCCCGAGCCAAAAGGCCGCGAGGUUGUGUCGCUGCUGGAGCGCAACAUCACGGUCACCAUGACGAUCACCGUGGGGACCAGGAACCUGCAGAAGUACGUGAGCAGGACGUCGGUCGUGUUCGUGUCCAUCUCCUUCAUCGUGCUGAUGAUCAUCUCCCUGGCCUGGCUCGUCUUCUACUACAUCCAGAGGUUCCGCUACGCCAACGCGCGGGACAGGAACCAGCGUCGUCUCGGCGACGCAGCGAAAAAGGCCAUUAGCAAGCUGCAAGUCCGCACCAUCAGGAAAGGCGACCAGGAGACGGAAGCCGACUUCGACAACUGCGCCGUCUGCAUCGAGGGCUACAAGCCCAACGACGUGGUCCGCAUCCUGCCCUGCAGACAUCUGUUCCAUAAGACGUGCGUGGAUCCGUGGCUGCUGGACCAUCGCACGUGUCCCAUGUGCAAGAUGAACAUCCUGAAGGCUCUGGGCAUCGCCCUGAACGCCGACUGCCUGGACGACCUGCCCCUGGACUACGACCUGGCCCUGGGCGUGGGGGGGGUCGGGGUGGGGGCCCUGGCCCUGGAGGCCGUGGUGUCCGGGGCCUCCAGCGACGGCACGCUGAGCGAGGGCGGCUCCUCCGUGGUGCUGGACCCCGGGGUGAGACGGGUGGGGCUCCCGCAGGACUACCAGGACCCCGACACGCUGAGAGACAGCCCGGUGACGGCCACGACUGAUACACACACAGGUGAGCUGCAGCCCAUGGCCGGCAGCGCCUCCGCCGCCUCCUUCGUCAUCGCCGUGGAAACGGGCCUGUCUGACGAGGAGGGGUCCAUGGACCAGCCUCCGCUGGGAGACAAGUCCUGAGAGCAGAACCCGACCAGAACCGACCAGAACCGGGCCAGAACCAGACUCACCACUCGGCUCUUUACUCGGCCCAUGUUUUUUUUUGUUCAGUUUUUUGAGAUGGACUUCGUCGUGGAAGCCAAACCCAGAGCCGGGGUUCUCCGGGGUUUUGUGCGACUCAAGCUUGGCGUUAAGCGGACGGAUCUGGGUUCUGUUCCCCCCGACGCGGACGGGUUCGGGUCCGGUUUCUGGCUCGGUUUCCCGUCUUUACACUUCCUCGGUUUUUCCACCUGCUGUUGCUGACGCUGCCUCCCUCCCAAACCUUCACGUCGGACGAACUCCCAUCACAUCCCGACUCCAAGGACUCGGUCGGAUUUAGAUCUCGUUGUGUUUUCCCCGGUUGGGAGUUGGAUCCGGACCUGGUUCGGGAUCUGCAUCAGGGAUCGGUCCCGCAUCGUUCUGGAUUGUUUGGGAUUCCGGUCGUUGUGAUUCACGGCCGUCUCUGGGAGAUAAAGACUACGGGGACUGGGACUCUAAAUCCCGGCAGUAUUACUCGGGCUGCACAGCAGCUCGUACACAAGUGUUGUUUCCAUGUCUGUUCUCUUCCUCCACUCCACACUCUUCUGUUCAGAUUUGAUUCCUACGGUGGCCGAGACCCGCCAUUACUGAGAAUAAAAGUAACGCUGCAAACAGAAACUAACGCUGCUGCAAAUUAAAGA